ACGACGCGAGAGUAGUGUUAAAAGAACAGCCUCAUUUAUUUGAAACUAUUAAUGUUUUACAAUGUUUUUUCGUAAAGUAAGUGCCUAAACAAUUAUAGAAUAGGUUUAACGUGUUAGUGUUACUGCGUUAAAUGCUUUCGAGAUGUCGAAGAACAAAAUAGCUGCUCGAAUCGACAGUCAAAGUGUUGAAGUAAAAACUAAGUUUGAUGCAGAAUUCCGAAGAUUUUCACUGAGUAGAUUGGAAAAACUGAAAUACGAAGACUUCAAAGCUCUUAUUGAGAAACUUCACAGACUUCAUGAUGUCACCUUCCUCAUUAGUUACACAGACCCUCGAGAUGGUGAUCUUCUACCAAUCAAUAAUGAUGACAAUCUCGCGAGGGCUCUACUUACAGCAAGGCCUCUACUCAGAGUCAUCAUACAGAGAAAAGGCGACAGUCUUGAGGAGCUCAACGGCUAUGGCACGAUGCGACCACGGAACAUAAUCUCGUCAAUACUCAGCGGAACUCCUGCUAAGAACAAGGGACUUGCGAUUUCGAACCCUCACGACUUUAGGAUGGUAUCAGCAAUUAUCGAUGUAGACAUUGUACCAGAAACAUGCAGGAGGGUUAAGCUACUCAAGCAUGGCUCCGAUCGACCUUUGGGAUUCUUUAUAAGAGAUGGCACAUCAGUUCGUGUGACGCCUAACGGAGUGGAGAGAUCCCCGGGUAUAUUUAUAUCGAGGCUGGUGCCUGGAGGUCUGGCCGAGUCGACCGGGCUGCUCGGUGUUAACGAUGAAGUGUUAGAAGUGAAUGGAAUAGACGUGUCUAAUAAAACCCUCGAUCAAGUAACAGACAUGAUGGUGGCCAACUCGUCCAACCUCAUCAUCACGGUGCGCCCCGCCAACCAGCGCACCGCGCCGCCGCCGCGCGCGCCCAGCGAGCCCGACGACGACCGAUUCGAUCAAGAGGAUCAAGACGAAAUCGUCGAUUUAACAGCGGUCACAUUAGAGGAUCAACCGGAACCAGCCUUCUCACACAUUCCGAGCAAAGACGAUGGGCAGAUUCUGCACCUAUAGUAUAUACUGCAGAGGUACCGCCGCGGCAUACAAGUAAGAGACAUUCCUUAGUGCUAUGUGCAGUGAUCAUUCCCUUUUAGAUUCUAAUACGUAGACAAUAAGAGUUGAUAUCGCGUGUACUUAAAUUUAUUUUUUUCAUUGCAGUAGCAUCGACGACAGUAGUGGAUUAUAAGAGUUUUUUUUUUUUAAAUGUAAAUGUGUCAAAUUAUAAAUUGUUUCGUCUCUAAAAGAGUUGAAAAAAAAAAACAAAAAUCUUGUUAUAAAAUUCUGAUACGAAUUGACAUAUUAUAUUAAAAUUGGAAUUAUAUUGCUAUUCCGUAUUCGUUAAAAGCAAUAUCGUAUAAUGAAAUGUGUUCAAAUUUGAAACAUAUCAAUUUGGAAGAUAAAAUCACUAAAAUAAGAUAAAAAUUAAACUCAUGCUUUUAAAAGAGCGUAAAUGCGUAAAAUUUAUGUCUAUUUCCAUUUUACUAUAAUUAAUGAUUAAUAUUUAACAUAUCAUUAAUUAAAUAUACUAGCGUCCCGCUAAUCCGGACUUAAAUCGUUUAAUUAGGACGAAAUAAAAAAAAAUAAAAACAAGUAAAUUUUAAUUAACGCGAAAUGGAUUAACUCUGAAGAAUUAUUCUCUCUAAUUCCUGCUUCCCCCUCUCUUCUGCUUCUCGAUGUCACCGCCUAACUGUGACAUCAAUUCCAUCGCGAACAAAGAAAUUUGGCAACUCCUUUCUUUGUCGCACUUCCAAAAAAUGGAAUUCCUUACCAGCUCACGUGUUCCCCUCCUCUUACAACCCGGGUUCCUUCAAACGAGGCGUGAAGAGGCAUCUUGCGGGACGGCAAGGCGAAGGCGGCUAGUGCAGAACGUUUUUCCCGUCUGUACUGGCCGUCGUCGUGUUUGGACUCUACUACCACUUACCAUCAGGUGGAGUAGAGUCAUUUGCCCUCCCGGCGAAUAUAAAAAAAAAAGAAAUAAGAAAAGCAUUUGGUUAAUUCAGAUGUCUACUGAGUCUUAUUUAUUUUGGUUCUAUUUCAGUAUAGUUCGAAAACUUAGAAUCUAUGUAAAAAGUUUGUUAUAGAAAAAAAAAGUUAAAUAUUUUAUUAUCUGCAUUUUAGAAUAUAGUCUGUUAUAUCCGGGUUCAGUGACCCACCCAUUAGGAUUAGCGGGCUCUACUGUAGUUAUAAAAUGAAUAUUAACUAUUUCAAUUUGAAACGAUUUAGAAAUAUUUCGUGAAUAUAUAUUUUAUCUGUGUGCUAAAAUAGAUUUUUUAAAUUGUUAAUAAUUUGCGAAUACGACAAUAAUGUUAGCUAAAUGUUUUGUAUUGAAUAAGUAUAAAAUUCCAUCCAUUUUUUGAUUAGAAUGUGCAUUUUUAGAAGUUUUUGCUGUAAAAUAUGAACUAUUUAGUAUUUAGGCAGAUGUUCCUAAUUCGUAACAUCAAGUUAUCUUUCUCUUGCUUAAACAGAGAUACAAAACGUAGUUAGGUCUGUUGAACAAACGUCACUCAUACUUAGCUAACGGCUCGUUCCUAUAUUUAAAGAAUCGUAUAAAAACUACUUAUUUCCCAAAAAUCUAAAACUAAAAUUUUUAUUUGUUCUACGUUAAUAAAUGAAUUAAUAAAAACCAAAAAUAAAUAUAUAUAAAUCUCAAAAUCGCUAAGAUCACUUCGCUCAAUGUAAAAUAUGUUUAUAAAUAUGCGAAAAAUACAUUUUUAAUCCGGACUAUUAUUUAAAUUUAAAAAUCAAAAAUCGCAAUUAAUUAAACAGUCGUAAACGUAUUUAAAAAAUAAUCUUUUCGAAAUGAAUUAAAUUCGAAAGAACUGUCAACAAAAAUACGCUGACCGAAUAAUGGAAUUGUUAAAUAAGAAUAAAUUCUAAGAAUUCUCUUAUAUUUUAGUUCUAUAAAUAUUUAAUCCUUGCAAUAAUCGAGUAUGACCAAUGAAUUACAAAAAUUAAAAUUUAUAUUAAAACUAUACACAAUAACAAAUGUGUGGAUCAUAAUAAACUGAAAAUAUCAGGUUCAGAUCAGAUCAGACUUGAAGAUAAUAACAUAUAAUGAAAUGUAAAAACUUAUAUAUGCACAACUUAAGAACAUUAUUAUAUUAAAGCCUGUAGAACUUAGAAAGAAAACAAUAUUCAUUUCGAAUAAAAAAAGUAUUAUAAAUUAUUUAAAUACCAUAUAUUGUAGAAUAGGAAUAGGUAGGCGGACGAGCAUAUGGGCCACCUGACGGUAACUGGUCACCAACGCCCAUAGACAUUGGCAUUGUAAGAAAUGUUAACCAUCGCUUACAUCGCCAAUGCGCCACCAACCUUGAGAACUAAGAUGUUAUGUCCUUUGUGCCUGUAAUUACACUGGCUCACUCACCCUUCAAACCGGAACACAACAAUACCAAGUAUUGCUAUUUUGCGGUAGAAUAUCUGAUGAGUGGGUGGUACCUACCCAGACGAGCUUGCACAAACCUACCACCAGUAAGUUUUAUAUGAGUUGAUAUAAAAAAUUAUUAAAAUAAUUACAAUUGAUAUUAUCAUGCAUAGAGGCAAAAACAUUUCACAAAUAAAAAAAAAUAUAAUAAUCAAUAAAUAUUAAACAGAAGGACUUUGAUCUGACCUUCUUUAUCAAGCCAAUAUAUCAAGUAAGCUAUGUGUCUAAGUACAUAGUACAAGUUUUCUAGGGCACAACUGAAGGGCAAUCAAUGGUCCUCCUGGCUGGCCUAGGCCAGUCUCAAGGGCAUUAAACUAAGAAUUGAACUGAAGAUUUAUUUGUAAAGAUGGCGCUACGAUCGCAUCUAAAAGCGCUGUAUCGCUUAUAAUUUUACCUUGCAAUAAUAUUUAAUCGGCUUAACGGUUCGGAUUUAUAAACUUUUAAUUAAAAUACUCUUUUAAUAACGCAUAAUACACUAAUAAUUUAAAAAUCAGAACAGAACACAAUGUGUAGUAUUUACUUUACAUAUAAUAUUAUUUCAUCUAGCUUGUACGUGCAAAUUUUCUGUUUAUAUUAUAUAUACAUCAAAAAUUUAUAUAACUUAUGAUAGGAGAAAACGAUUUUUUAAUAUAGGAAACGAGACUUCAACCGAAUCGAUUUAUUUUUAAUUCAAUAAGUUCAUAUUUUACUCUGUUAGGCGUAAACUUGCGAUGUUAAGUUUUAAGGUUGAAUAGAUUUUUCACUUCCAACGGAAGGUGCUAUAGAACUCGUUUAUCGUAUCGUAUACAAUACUGUUUCCUAAUACCAAUAUAUACAACGUUUGAAAUUGUAACAAAUUAUCGUUUGAGAAAUUUGAUUAGCUUUAAAUAUAAGAAUUUAUCUCGUUCAUUUGUUUAGAUAAUAUUAUGCGUAUACAUUCCAUAAUUUAGUACAUUUCGUGCCUUGAAUCUCUGUGUUAAAAACAAUUCUUUGUACCAAGUAACUACGUCGUUAAGUAUUUGCAUUUCGAACUUAGUUUUUAUCAUAGUUGAACACUUUGCAGUGUAUAGCCUAAUAUCAUGCCUUGCGGUUACUCUUUGUAAUUAUAUUCUCGAAAGUAUUAAUAUUUAUUAUAGAAUUAUACACUCGAACACAUACAAACGCACACACACAACACACAUACAUACACAUACACAUACACACGCGUGAAUAUAUACAUCCCUUUCGUUAAAUUUUAUCUCAAUAAUGAGUUAAAAUUUUUGACAGUUCUUUUAUAACGGAUUUGUCAAAACGUCAGUUUUAUUCCUCUGAUAAAUUAAGUGGCGAUUAAAAAAAUCGAUUCUUAGUUUCGUAUAACGUAUA